UAUUGCACUUUGUUUCCAUAGUAAAACGGUGACAAAGUCAAUCGAUAAAUAAACAGACCUACAAAAUAAACCUGCUCGAAAAUCAAACGAAUACAUAUUGCAAAUAAUUCCCGACAUGGAUUUUGGGGACGAUUUAGGGGUGCUAUCCGAUGGCAGCAACGACAGUUUCUUUGACGAGCCCAAACCGGCAUCCAAAAGGGCAAGUUUGAGCAAAACACCGGAAAAAAAGUCCAUCACAGAUCUAUUCAAUAUAACCGACAAAACACCCGAAAGCAAUCAAGUGCCAAAACGACCGGACGACUGGUUGGGAUUAGACUCCAGAGACACCAAAUCUCCUUCUCGGGGCCAAAGAUUGGCCAAAAAAAUCAGCUUCGAUGACGACGACGAUAUUUUGGGCAAUUUGGGCCUGACCAAGAAACCUCAGAGUAAACCCGAAGAAAAUAAAACACCGUCGAAGAAAAUGGAUCUGCUUGAAAGUAUUUUGGGACCAAAAAGUGAAGAUGUUAAAGCAGCGACUUUUGAGGAUAUUUUGAAAGAGAGUAAAGCAAAAACUGUGACUCCGACGACCACUCCAAAGCUGACACCUUCAAAUCCUCCAUCAGAGUCUGUCUUGUUGAGCGAAGGGCCUCGGGAAGGUCGGCGAAGGCGUAGGUCUUCGGCUGGAUUAUUGGACCCUCUAGGCUUAUUUAGCAACGAAAUAAAAACUGAUGAUUCUGCUACUAAAGAAAGAGCGAUCACCAGCACUACUGAAACUCCUGUUUCCAAACCUACACCGUCGAAAAGUGCUCCAAACCUUUCUGAUCAAGGUCUUCCGGAUUGGCUUGGUGGCGGAUCCGCAAUCAAGCAAAGCAAAUCGGAAAAUAUAUUACCAGCAAAACAAGAACCCGAAAAAACGAUAGAACCAGCAAAAGAAAGCGACCAAUCUUCCCUAAACACUAUUUUAACACAGCAAAAGUUGGCCCAGUCCCACAUGGAGUAUCAAAAUACGGCUAUUGCCCUCCAACAGCAAGAAUCGCAACUACUGAUGGCCCUCCAGUUGAAAAAAUACGAAGACAAUUUAUCCGACAUGCAAAUGAAGCAACAGGAAGUUUUAAUGAAACAAGAGCAACAGUUUAAUUUGCUUCUAGAAAGGCAGUUUGCUAAACAACAAAUCAUGGAAAAUAAUAUGCGCCUUCAACAAGAGAGAAUUAAUAACCAUAUUCAAAUGCUAUUAGCGCAACCACCAAUUGGCAAACAUUCGGGUCAAGAGGAAAUUGACGAUUUAAAAAAGACAGCGAGUGAGGAAAGCGUGAAGCUUUACGAAAACAUAAUCAACUCGUUGAAACAGAGACAGCACGAGGAAAUUUUCCUACUGGAGGAGUCCUACAAGAAACAAAUCAAUUUGUUAGAACAAAGUUUGGAAUCAGUCGAAAGGCGGUUGAAAACUGACGUUGAAAAAAUGUCCGAAGUGUUUGAGGAAAAAUUAAAAACAGUACUACAGCAACACGAUGGUGAAAUUGCAAAAUACAAGCAAAGAAUUGAAGAGGCUGAUGCGCACCAUUCCGAAGAAAUAAAACGGAUUAGAGAAAAUAAUUCCCGAGUUAUUGAGGAAAUUAAAUACGAAUACACCACCCUCUUGGAGAAUGUCAAAGAGGCCAAGAAGUCCGAAUCGUCGUUAUUCCAGGAAUCAAAUACUUACCUUCAGAAACUGGACAGCAAUAUUGAAAUUCUGUACGCUAACAGUAAAAGUUUGGGGGACCUCAAAGACCACAUCCAGAAGGAUUAUGGUAUAUUAUCGCGGGCGCGGGAAGAGUCCUUGAAAGCUAAGGAGCAGGAGAUUAUUCUGAUGAGGAGUACGUUGGAAAAAUGUCGCGAAGAAGCCGAAAAGGAGAGAGCGGAGCUUUUGGCGUUGGUGCGCACCUUGGAGACUAAAAUUUCGGAGCAAAACCAAAAUGCCCGUGAAGAAAGGUGGGCUUUUCAGCAAGCGGCUAGCACUUUAGCUGCGCGCUCAGCUGCCAUGGACAGAGAAGCUGAGUUUAAUAGAGCAGCUCUCGAACGUGAAAGAGACCAGUUAAAGACUUUGAGGGAAUCAAUUUUGGCCGAACAAGAGAAAACCAUGUUGCAACUCUCCGAGGAAAAAUUAUCGCUCGCAGCUGAAAAAUCCCGGUUCGAAACGUCCAACAAAUUAAUGGUCAAUUACGACUCGCAAAAGGCCAAAGCUGAAAUCGACGCUGCGGUGCAGAUUGCGAAAGAAGCGGCCGAAAUGGCUGAUAAAGAGCGGGAAAGUCUUCACAAAGAAAAAUGCGAGAUGGAAAAACUAAAGCGAUGUUUGCAAGACCAGGAACGUAAGCUGAGCUUGAGGGAAACAGAAGUAGAGAAUUUAAUGAAAGAAGCUGAACGGAAGAUAAACGAAGGUGAAAAGGCUAUUUUUGAGUCGAAAACUAUCGAAAAUAAAUACAACGAAAGACUGAGGGAUUUACAAAAUCAGCUAAACAUGUUAUCGAAUAGAGAAAAGAAGUUAGCUGAGGAGAAAAUAGCGCUCGCUAAGGAACGUUUGUCAUUGAACACUCUCAUGCGUCAGAGUAAGAAGUGCAGUCUUUGCAGUGCUGAUCCACAAAAACUUGAAGAAAGUCAUCUUAACAUAAACUCGGAGGUUCUGACGUCUUAUUUUUCGAGAUAUGAUAAUAUUGACAAUGACAUCCUUCGUCUUCGUUUGGAAGCUACUGAGGAAAAUUUAUUGAACAUAAACCACGAUGUGCCAAACUAGACAAUCAUUUGUAAGGACUUUUAUUGUUUGGUUUGUACGUUUAUAAAAAAUACAUCUUAAGAAUAUU